CCACAUAACACGCACAUAGCACGCACUACUGCUAUCAGCAACAGAAUGGUGAAAAUUAAGUUGCUUCAAACAGAGGUCGACAAUCGCAGGUUAAAAUUUCAAGUGUCAUGUUCGCGAUUAAAUCGCCGCGUAUUGUUGCUUGCCGUGCAAAUAAAACUCUCCUCUACGGGAUCGGAGUCUGCGGCAGUGGAUCACGGCAAAAAGGAGACUGCGAUGGCGAUCAUAGUGACGGGGACAGCGACAAACCACCCCCGCACCCAUGCUCUGACUGCAACCCCUCUGCUCCCACUAUUUAUGAUUGUCGAAAAUAUGGACAUAAUUUACCAUGUGACAGCGUUAUGCCCUACUUCGAGACCUUACCUUAUUUCCCAACUGGAAUAUUCCGCUGUACAGCUGGAGAGGUUCUAGGCCUAGGAGCCAAUAAAUGCGGCUGUUAUAAAAAUCCGGAAUAUUUUUCAUUUCACCACAUGAGCUUUUACGAUAUGCACAUGCUACUAAGAUGUUAUCGCAACCCUUCACCAAAAACUGGAAGAAAAAAGUAACACCUAUGAUUCUAUUAUAAUUGUAUGACAAAUUGUUGUUUCAGUAAAAAAUUUAUAAGUAUUUGGUACCUAGUUUAUAAAGCAUAUACUUACCUGAUGGUGAA